ACAUCAGUGGUGUGCCUGAAUCCUAUUGCCUUUUCGGCCAAGUAUUUUGUUUUUGAGAUGAGCUACCGUAGCACGCUUUGUCGCAAUCAGAUACGGUAGGUGCCCAUGCACUGGGUAGGGAGAAAGAGUCUUUACCAAUUAUCAGCUAUGACGUAUUUACAUGUUCUAAGAACCCCGGAUUUUCUGAGCUGUGUGACGAAUAUGGCUCUCGAACGCCAGGGAUCCUAGUAUUCCUGAAUAAUGCUCCAUCAACAAAAGCGUCAAUAGCUACUGUCUAGACAAAUCCUCGGCAACACGAACACUGCAGCUUCUAGAAUUGAGCUUGCUGGCUGCUGGUAUUGAGCAUCACCGCAAAGACCCACUACUGGUAGUUAGCUCUAUUACAGUGAAUUGCCCGACAUCUGCCUGAUCGCUUUCAGACCCAGAGACACAUCAUGAACCGGUCAUUGUCAAUCCGUUCCGGCAAGGGAAACGCCAAUUCUUCUUCGCCUACGCACCGGAAAGGGUUCUCAUUCGCUUCGCUCCGCGGAACGAUCCAGCCCGAACUCUCCCGCAGGCUCUAUCGUCUAAUCAAGUCAACCAACAACCUCAUCUCAGCACAUGAGACGGCGGGAAAAGAACGUAGCACGAUUGCUCAAGAGCUUUCAGAGUGGGGCGAGCAAACGCAAGAUGAGGGAGUCUCCGACAUCAGUGACAAGAUCGGCGUCAUCCUCAGCGAGCUAGGUGCACAAGAGGAUAGCUACGCUCAUAAUCUUGACGACGCCCGCGGCAUUCUCAAAACGAUCCGUAACACCGAAAAGAGUGUGCAGCCGAGCCGUGACAACAAAGGGAAGAUUGCCGACGAGAUACAGAAGCUCAAGGCCAAGGAGCCCCAAAGCACAAGACUCGUCAUCCUCGAGCAGGAGUUGGUGAGGGCAGAAGCAGAGAACUUGGUAGCUGAAGCACAGCUGACAAAUGUCACUCGUAAGAAGCUAAGGGAAGCGUACGAAGCAGAGUUUGCAGCUGUUAUAGAGCGCGCUGAAAAGCAAAUCAUUCUCGCAAAGCAUGGGAAGCGUUUGCUGACCCUCCUUGACGACACUCCAGUGACACCAGGUGAUGCGAGAAGAGAAUACGAACACGGAGGUGCCGCCCGACAAGUCCUCAACGACGCUGAGGACGACCUCAAGAGCUGGGAGAAGAACCGGGAGAACGCAUACAUGGAGCAAGAAGCAGCAGACUUUGGCACCGGCAGUGGAAAUUCACGAAGAGGCGAGGAUUCCACCAAGGGCAGUGGCACGGAAACAUUGGCGGACCAGGGGACCAAGCCCGACAAUGAAGAAUAUACCUUGGCACCUUCGACUCCCUCCCGGGAGGAAUAGCAUCUUGGUGUUCGGGUUGGAAGCUAAUGGUGAAGGUACUAAAGCAAAGUAAGCAGGUUAGGAUUGGAGCUGGCUGUUAAAUAUCUGUAAUUGGGCUUGUUGUACGGAUAUCUAUACUGCCUGCGGGUAGGGGCUUUGGUAGAGCAUUGUGUAUCAAGUUGUCUUUGUAAAUUGAGAAAAGGAUAUCAUACUGCC